ACGAAAUCAUGUUUCUGAGUCUAGAUUCUAGUACUAAUGAAUCAUUAAAUGUUUAUUGUUUAUGUAGCCCACAACUGUACCUCUUCUGGGGCUAAAUAUUGUAAGGCCUACAUUACAACUAAACUCUUUGACAUUAUUACUUUCCAGAUUUGUCAUAGCCUACUAUAGUAUUAGUAUUAUGUCAGCAUCGCACACAAGUAAACGUGGCUGUCCCUCUGCAUCUGUAUCGAAUGGCAAUCAUACAAAUCAAAGUCCAUCCACGCCUGCCAAGAAGAAAUUAGCUACCAGCCAAACAAGGUCGUCAAGUUCUCCAUCUCUAUUGCCUACAACAUCACCGCAACAUUCAGGCCUGCCACAAGCCAAAAGAUUGUUUAACACCCCAACCAAGUCAACCACACAAAGUCAAUCACCAGCUACUUCCAACCCAGCAUCUCCCUCUACUGACAAAACAAAAGAUGACUCGUGGCAAGACGCUAUUUUUGCCGGCAUGUACUAUGUAAUGAGCGGGCAACAUGCUGAAGGCAAAGCCAAGGUUGAGAAAGGCGUACGUGUAAUAAAGCAAACAUUAUCCCAGGUAACCUUCAAGUCCAGCUUUCAACUCAGUGCUGAACAGGAUGCACAUGACACUACAAAGGCCGAGCUUUGUUCUGCCCACAAAAAAGAACUUUACACACAUCAAAAACUUAUGGCGGCUAACAGAACCAUCGAGCAGUUAAAUCGCAAGAUACUUUCCCUACAGCAAGAACUUGACCAAGCUGAGGACACAAUUUGCUCUCAAUUUGAUGCACCAGAAACAGCAGACAACAAUGCUGAAAACCCCCAAGACAUCGAAAUCGAUUCUAACAAUGAGACAACCGAAUAAUUCAUAGAUUCAUAUUAUCCAUUUAGUCCUACCCCAAACCUCCAAUACUUGGAUAUCAAAACUCCUAAAGUGCCACCUGCAGGUAAAAAUACAUCCAACUUCGAUUCACCCUCAGUCCAGGCGCUGCCAGCCAAUUACCAAAUGCAGAUAAGGAGUCAAGGUUCACCAUAGCCUAGAUCGAGGUCACAUCAAUGGUAAUUGUUGUCCAACAUAGUUCAUAUUUACCAGCUAGGUGGCACUCUACGAGUUCAGAAAACCAAGUAUUGCAGAGAAGAACUGUAGGUGAAAUUUCCAGAUUAAAAAGGGCAGGACAGUCGUUGUCAUGUCGUACUUGUACAGUAAAAAUCCAGUAUGAAAUAAAAGGCGAGACCACUGAUUUUUGUCCACUAUACACAAAAAGGUAAAAGCAAUGCAAAUUGAAUAAAAAUUUGUCACAUGGGAUUUAAUAUUUUGGUACAACAACAGUUGCUUCGACGCACAAUACACUGCCCUCUAUAAUCUGGCAAUUACAACCACAGUACUUCCCAGUACAUGUAUUUAGAUUCUAUAUUUUGCCAUAUACUUUUGACAUUAACUGUUAAACCCUUACAGUUCAAUUACUGCAAAAGAAUGAGGGUCUUAUUGCCAUAUCAUAGAGGGCAAGGAAGUUCCUUCAGUGCUACAAAUCAUACCAAUGACAACACUGCCCUCUAUAAUAUGGAAAUUCGACACACAGUACAACCACGUAUUUAGAUUCUAUAUUUUGUCAGAUAUUUUUGAUACAAUGCAUAUUGCCAUCAACCAUUAAACCUCUACCCACCAAUUACGGGGAAGUGCUGAGGGUGAGAUUGCCAUAUCAAAGAGCAGGCCUUUCAAUUGCAUAAUUUGGGCUGAAUCCAGAUUGUCUGCGUUUGGGCUUUUUGGUCACAAAACCCAUAAAUUUGGGUGCAUUCGGGCACUUUUGUCACCCAAUUGACUAGUUGAUACUUGCAUACAUUCACCUACAAAACAAGGAUUUCAGGAUUCCAGGUAUCAGAAGGCCAUUUGGGAUGAGAUUUGGCCAUUUUAGGUGCCAG